AUGAAGCAUCACCUCUCGAAUAUGUUACUUGUACUUACAGGCUUCUUAGCUGCAGUUACAUGCACCGCCAUCCCUCUAUCUGGUACACAGCGCGCCAAUACCACCAACCAUAUCUCCCCAAGAACAAAUGAUGUCACAAUAUAUGACUUCGUUUAUACAAUCGCUGGAGAAUCAAAGUACAAAACUUAUAUCUGCGAGGUUUAUCCAGAGCCCAACGUUUGCAUAGCUACCAUGGUCGACGUAUUUACGCAAUACUCACAUUCAGACUAUGUCCAGAUGUGGAUGUUCGACAACAAGUGCAACCAGAUCGGAAAUAAUGGCAACACGGUUACCAGAGACGAUCUCGCCGCCCCCGGCGGAUGGGGCUUCUCUUCUGAACUCGAGGACUUUCUUGUCGUCCAUAUCCCCAGGGAUUGGCCAAAUUCCGGUCAAGCUACUUUCGAUUACAACAGUCAAACCACGCUGCAGCCGGACCCAGACAAUCGUUAUAACAGCCAGAUCUCGGUGGGUCCACCCUCACAAGAAGAAACAGACGGAUUUAUCUAUACUCUUGUGGGCCAAUUUGACUGCACCUCUCCUACUCGAAGGUGA